AUGCAGCCAGGAAACAGGGAACACAAACGUGCGGUUCACAAAAGGUCAUCAAGUGCCGAGAACAGUACCCAUACACUAGCGACCCUCUCGUAUGCGGAUCAUGAGCAGACUCAGGCUAUCUCUGCCCAGGACAAGACAUCCAAGUACACCGCCCCCGAGGUGUCUGGAGUCAGGGAUUCGGUUACAUCAACCGUCAUGGUUUCUGCCUGUGUGGCACGUCGCUAG